AUGACGUUCGGACAUUUCUCGAGCAGCCCCGGACGACCUCUGAUCGAGUCGCGGUUCUGUAAAUGCUUCACCCACGUCCUUCAACUACCAGCCCAUCGUCACAACUACCAGCCCAUCGUCACAACUACCAGCCCAUCGUCACAACUACCAGCCCAUCGUCACAACUACCAGCCCAUCGUCACAACUACCAGCCCAUCGUCACAACUACCAGCCCAUCGUCACAACUACCAGCCCAUCGUCACAACUACCAGCCCAUCGUCACAACUACCAGCCCAUCGUCACAACUACCAGCCCAUCGUCACAACUACCAGCCCAUCGUCACAACUACCAGCCCAUCGUCACAACUACCAGCCCAUCGUCACAACUACCAGCCCAUCGUCACAACUACCAGCCCAUCGUCACAACUACCAGCCCAUCGUCACAACUACCAGCCCAUCGUCACAACUACCAGCCCAUCGUCACAACUACCAGCCCAUCGUCACAACUACCAGCCCAUCGUCACAACUACCAGCCCAUCGUCACAACUACCAGCCCAUCGUCACAACUACCAGCCCAUCGUCACAACUACCAGCCCAUCGUCACAACUACCAGCCCAUCGUCACAACUACCAGCCCAUCGUCACAACUACCAGCCCAUCGUCACAACUACCAGCCCAUCGUCACAACUACCAGCCCAUCGUCACAACUACCAGCCCAUCGUCACAACUACCAGCCCAUCGUCACAACUACCAGCCCAUCGUCACAACUACCAGCCCAUCGUCACAACUACCAGCCCAUCGUCACAACUACCAGCCCAUCGUCACAACUACCAGCCCAUCGUCACAACUACCAGCCCAUCGUCACAACUACCAGCCCAUCGUCACAACAAAGGGCUGUGAAGUUCACAACUCGUUGA